UAAACUCUCAGUAAGCUUAGUUCGCUGCGAAACACAGCUACUACAACUUAUUCUGACUUUACCUUUUGAAAACAUUUUCAAAGGUUAUAAAUAAGCGCUUUCUAAGCCAAAUAACUUUGAGGUUCACCUAAAAAGGAAUGGAUUGGGAUGUGGACGAACUAUUAGCUGAACCAACAACAGAAGUUGAACAAGACUACUCUGCUCUCUGUACACAAUGGUUAAAUGAACGUAUGGCUCCCGAGUUGCUUCCAUUUGCUGAAGACGUUGUUUCAAGGGUUACUGAAAGACUUCGAGCUCAAGUGGAAACUUUACAAAGCUCAAUUGGAACCGCUAAUGCUACUGGCUAUCGUAGUGUGCUAAUUCAAGUUGAACUUGAGCGCAUUAAGUUUGUUUUAAGAUCUUAUUUACGGACAAGACUAAGUAAAAUUGAUGACUAUGGUCAGUACAUUCAGGCCAAUCCAAAUGUGCUCCUUAAUUUAUCAUCAACCGAAAGACAAUACCUUUUACGGCAUCAACAGCUCCUGCAUAGACAAUAUAUGGCAUCUUUUCUUCGAGAGCUUCCUAUAAAGAUGAAUAAGCUAGACGACACGAUAGGAAGAACUUCUAUGGUAGCCGCACCGGACAUGGAAAAUUCCGUUUUCUGUUAUGUCAAUGAAACAGUUGAAGAAAACCUUCGGGUUGCUGAAAAUGAAUAUGUGACUUUAGAUCGUGGUGAUAUAUUACUUUUGAAAUAUUCGGUUAUUGCAAAUUAUGUUCGUACUGGAGCUGUUUCCCUAAUCUAAACUUUCUUUUGUAUUGUACUAGACCUCAAAAAUUAUUUUAAUUCCCCCCUAAGGAUAAAGCACUAAUAGUAAUAAAAUGGAUAGACUAUUACAACUCGAGCAA